GCACUCAAAAAUAAACUUUACAAUAUGUAGAACUAUUACAACACUAUGGAAUUUAAAAUAACUAAAUACUUACCAAGAUUUAAAGAAGAAUUACCACCAAUCAAUAGGCCAGCUCGUUCAACUAGUAGUAAAAUAAUUAAGAACCUUAAAACUUCAAUUGAACAAACAGAAUUAUUAAAUAAAAUUGAUCCAUUAAUAUUGGUUGCUCAGUAUGAAAGAGAUAUCAAUCGAAUGAAAAUGAAUCACAACCAAAUGUUAGAGGAACUUUAUAAAGAAUUAGAAAUAUUAAGAUCCAAGAAUCGAGACCUUUUAGAUGAAUUGAUUAUAAUGAAUGGUGGGAACUAUUGUUGCAAGCAUUUAGAAGAUUUGAGUUUUGAUAUUUUAAAAUCUAAUGCAAGUGAUAAUCAAAAACAACUGAGUGAUAUAUUAAACAAUGCUAAAAUUCAUCAGAUAUCUACCGAAGACAUUAAAAAUGAUAAAAAUUACAACUAUAAAAAAGAACUGCCUGAGUUAAUAACUGUAGGGAAUAAGUUCAUAAGUAAAGACAUUGAAAAUAAAUCAAAUUUACUUUUGCAAGACCAAUUAUUUAAAAGCAAUAAACUAAUUGAUGCACUUCGACAAGAAAAUAUUCAACAAAAGGCGGAGCUAAAUUCAUUAAAUUCAUUAUUAAAUAAAGGAUUGAAAAUUACUGGUGUUGGAUUGGAUAAUGGCCUGAUCAGAACAAACUUGAAUUCUGGCAAAAGAUUUCUAUCUUCGUUUUCUCAUCCUACUAUUUCUUACAUGGAUAUUAUGAGUUCAGAGGAAAGUUUACAGCCAAUCUCUAGGAAUGAAUAAUUUGUAUAAUAAUACAUUGAGUGUACAGAUAUGUAACAUGUUUACCAUUAUGUACAAGUUACCUAAGUAGGUAUUUAAUAUUUGUAUACCUAAACAUGGUUGUUGAAAAUCAUAAUAUUAGAUGAUUAAAAAUAAAAAAUGUUGUAUGAUUACCUACUAUUAGAAUAUUAUUAAUUAAUAACUAUAAUACCUACAUGUAUGUUACCUGCCUAAAUAUUUUUUAAUUAUGAUAAUUGAUAAGUGUAUAUUAUAGUACUAUUACAGAAUUAUAUGAUACAUAAUGAUACAUAUUGUAAGUUGUAACCGAUAUUGUGAACAUAGUCGAAUACGAGAAUAUCUCUAGACUUAUGGGAUAGAAUAAAAAGAUCGGUUGCCGGUUGGGAUGUCAGCGCACUAUUUAUUUCCAUCUUUGACUCACGUGUGGCAUACUAAAUGUACGAUUAGCAGAACCAAUCCUAUGUACUUUUAAUAUUAGAGUGAAACAAUUAAGAUAAGAACAUGACAUGUAUCGCUACUUAGUACGUUGGCUACUUGAUGACACUUUAAUUAUUAUAUAAGUUAUGACUUAUUAGCGUUUAAAUAAUUAAAAUUUAAAAAUUCUUAUAAAUAAUUAGACAAAUCCAAAGACAAACAAAAAAAAUUAUAAAAUAUAUAUCUUAAUUAUUAGUACUUGAAAUAUAACAAUAUACAAUAAAAAAAUAAAAAUAAAAGUGGGUGAGCAUUAUUAGUCGAAAAAAAUUAAAAUAGUUCAUCCAUAUUUACUUCUUGCUAAAAUAAUUUCGUUUUUAAACCUUUAAGUUAUACAAAAUAUAAUCACUAAUUACUUAAGUACCUAAUUUUUUUAUUAAAAAUAUUAUAUAAUUAACAUAAGCAAAUUCUAUUUUGUUAAAAAUAAUUUGCGGUUAGGGAGUUUAGGUUACGAGAUUUGAGUUUUAGAACCUGCUCAGGUUGGUUCUGCUAAACAUAAAUUUGAUUUGGUGUGCAGUUGGGCAACUAGGGCUAAAAUGUCGGGGGAAGGCUGUAGUCAACACCAACUGAUAUUACAUGGAAAGUAACCCAAGAAAGCCCCCACACCACCAUAGAAAUAUUUCUUUAAAAUAAUAAAAAUUAUAAAAAAAAAAAUUUUAUUUACUCAAGUUUAAUUUUUCACAAUAAUAAUAUACUGUCUGUACCUAUAUAAUAGUUAAAUGUAAAUUAAAGGUGGGCUGCAGGGCUAUUCAAAUCAGAGUAUGUGGCGGAGCCGGGUUUUUAUAUUAUAAAUUGAAAUAUUUGUGGAUACUGGAAGAUUAAAAGGUUUACCCUCCAGAGUCCAGAUCAUGGUUUAAGAAGUUCAAAAUAAAAUUAUUUGAAUACGUUAUAAAGUUGCUCCAA